AUGAUGUCUGAGUAUAAGUACAAUAUUCAAUACAAUAACAUUGUUCAAGAAGCAAAAACAUUUUUGAGUAAUAAUUAUUAUUCACCAUUACAUGAAAUUAUUAGAUAUGAAAAUAAAGGAAAAGAUAUUACUCCAUUAAAGGAAGAGUGUGUAUGGUUUUAUCAAUCAAACUUUAGACUACUUGAAAAAUAUGGUAAUUUUUAUGACGAUGAUUACAAAGACCUUGUUUGUUUUAUUAUUGAAAAAUCAAUUGAUAAAGAAUAUAAACUACUUCAACAAGACCAACGAAUGAACGACAAUAAUCGUCGACUUGCUAUUCAAACAUGGAUUGGAAGAAUACAAAGAGAUCAAGAAGAACCAAACAAUUCCCAAUCAAAAGAUCUUUUUAUUGUCACAACAAUAUGUCUUAUUCCUUAUCUAACCGAUUCAGAAUUAAAAAUGAUAAUGAGAAUAUUGAAGAAAUACGAUAAGAUUCUUGCACAAAUUGUUUAUUUUAUUAUUAGUUACAAUUUUAUUGAUUGUUUUGACCAAAAGAAACAUUUCCGAAUGACAAAACAAGAAAUAGAACGACUUAAAGUUGAGAUUGUAUCUCUGGUUGAUAUUGACCAAUUAAUGGUUCAUAAGAAUGAAGAAACAAGAAAUUGGAUUAAAGCAGCAAUAACAAAAGUUCAAGGAUUAUCAGUAACAGAAUGUCCAAAGAGUGUUAAAGAAUAUAUUCUUUUAUAUGAUGGAAUUGAUUUUAAUUGUAUUAGUAAAGGAUGUAAAAAAUUAAUUACAGUGAGAAUGUCUAAUCUAUCUCAUGGAUUUAUUAAAUUAACGUCAAAAUUCAAAGCAAGUCAUCCAUCAUUUGAGAUUAGUCCAUCUGAACAACAACCAGUCGGAACAGUCAUUACUUAUGAUUUCUACGAAUUAAUUCAAAAAUAUAAAAAUGAUUCUGUGUGGCUGAAAUAUCUUGUAACAUUACCAUACCAAUUUUAUAAAGAAGGACUUGAAAUAAAUGGAAAUGAAAUUAAAGAAUUGUUUACAUCAAUUCCUAUUGCACCACUCCUAGUUUCUAAUAAGAAAGAGAAAAUAAAUAAUAAAGAAUAUCCAACAGUAUAUAAUAUCAAUGUAUGGGAUGAAACAAAUAAUGAUAUUAGAAAAAUUAUAGAAUGGUCAGAAACAGAAAUGUAUGUUUUUAUCAGAACAAUAAAACUAUAUUUUGAAAUGUUCAUUGAUAAUACAAGUCAAUUAUGUACAAUGAAUGAUUGCAAAGAAUGUAUUGUAGAUGGAUAUAUACAUGAUAAAAUCGUUAAUAUUGUAGAUGAGACUUUAUCAAAUUUACUUCAAAAUAUUUCUUAUGACGAAAAUAUAACCCAACUAAAACAAAUUACAUCACUCAUCACAUGGAUUUCAGCAAAAGUAGAAACACCAGAAUUGGUCAAAUAUUUAGCUAAUCAAGUUACAACUAAAAAAUUACCAAAAGAUAUUUGUACAAUUAUAUUUGAUAGUAUUGAAGAAUAUUUCAUUCUAAGUAAACAAAAACCUAAAUUCCUUGAUUUACAUAUUGAUUUAAUUAAAGAACUUGAUAUGAUUGGAGAAGAAAAUAAUAAUGGAGGAAUUUGUGGAGAAGAAUAUCCAAUGAUAACAUUUAUUCUAAUUGCCUUUAAAAUGGUUCAAUGUAAUAUUGAACGAAAGAAUAAUAAAACUCUCUUGUAUUAUCCAAUAGAUUUUGAUGCAAAAAUUUGUUCUUUGAUUUCUAAAGGAAGAAAAUUAAGAAAAGAACAUAGCCUCUUGUUUAUUUUACUGAUUAUAAACUAUUGGUUAAACUUAGAAAGAAAGGGUUAUAUCUCAAAGUAUAGAAUUCGUCUUGACUUAUUCCAGUAUUGUGGUGAUAUACAAACACAAGAGUUGUUUGAAAAGUUAGCUAGUGAACAAUAUAAUCUUGGAACAAUCAAUGAACUCUUAUUUGAAAAGUAUCAGCUUCAACCUGACUUACCAAAUGAUGAAAAUGGACUUAGUGAAAUGGUUAGAAGAAUCAUUCAAAAAUAUCUUCAAUUCCAUCCGAAUGAACUAUCCUCAAACAAAACUGUAUUAAAUGAAGAAAGUUGUUAUUAUUUUGAGAAAGUAACACCAAAUAAUGUGGUGAAAAAUAAUCCAAAUGAACAAAGUGAUGAGGUUGAAGAAGAAAAAGAAAAAAGAAAUGGGAAUGAAUGGAAGGAUGGAAUGAAAGAGUUUGAACAAGGAAGUUCAUUAGAAGUUUUUUAUUCCAAAGAAAUAGAGUCUAGUCAGAAUAGUUGGGAACUUGCAGGACAUCUUGCAAACUAUUGUAUCCCUCAUUUCAAACAAGAAUUGAUUAAAACUAUAGAAGAUGAGGUUAUUGAAAAUAAAGGUGGAGAAAAAUGGGAGGAAAUGAAAACCACCAUUUCACAAAUGAAAAAGAGUGAAAAAGUUGAUAUUUGUCAGGCGAUUUAUAGUAGGAUUGAAGGGAUGAUGGGGUUAGAAGAUAAAAGAUGGCUUAGCUCAAAUAAAAGAAUGAUUGUUAAGGAGGGAAUUAAUGGGUAUGUUGUUGGAAUGAUGUGUUCAAAAAUGGAAGAAAAGCAACUCAUUAAUGAACAAGACAUCAUAUCAUUGAGUAAAGUAGUAGGAAUGAAAGAGAUUGAAACACUCAUUUCUCUUUUAAUUAGAAAAAGAAGUACAACAAUUAAUAUCAGUAAGUUAAUUGAAUCAACAAUGUUAAUGGAAAAUGGUAUUGGAAAGAGAUUGAGGGAACUAGCUAUUGAAUGGCUAAACUCAGAGAAAAGAUGGGACGAUAUUAAAAACUUUAUUUAUCUUGGGAAUGAUUUAAUCUCAACAAUCAAUAGUAUUAAAGCCAGAAAUGAUGCUCUUCCAAACCCAACAUAUUUAAAUGAAUAUCAUCGUCAUAUUAAUGAGAGGGUUGAAGAAAUAAAAAGCAUACGUAGUGAUGUUCUUGGGAAUAUUAAGUGGGAAGAGGUAGGUGAUGACAAGAUAAAAGAGAUAUUGGAGAAUGACAUGGAUGGAAUUAAAGAACUUACCAAAGAACCAUAUGAUGGAAUUGAAGUGUUUGUAGAAAAGAUCAUUGUUAAUGUCGAUGAUCCAACAAUGGUGAUGAUGUGUCUUUGGAUAAUGAUGCUCAAACAGAAAAAUAUUGGUUCUUCCAAUAUUCGAAAGAUUGAAGAAAAUGAAGUGAACAAUUCUCACAAUGGUAUUCAGUGGAAUCAAAUUAAAGAUUUUAGUUUAAUUCUUGACCAUCUAAUAACUAUUGGAUUCUUCAAAAUUAAAUGUACAACAUUGGAAGGAAUUGAACAGAUGUUUAAUUGGACAAAUAUGACAAGCAAAAAAUAUAAAAAAAUAGAGAGUCUAUUGGUGUCAAAUGUAACUUUUCUUAAAAAUACAAAGCUUAAUCAAAUGUUCAAUACCUUUACAUCAGAAAAACGAUCCCAAUAUCAAAGUGGAUGGUUCUUUUAA